UGGCGCUCGGCGGGGCGGCGGCGGCAGCCAUGGCCCGGGGGCAGCGGGGUCCGGGAGCGCUGGCGGAGCCGCGGCGGCUGAUGCGCACAGGACUGGGGCUAAUCGUGCUGGGCCACGGCAGCCUCGUGCUGGGCGCCAUCGUGCACGGCUCGGUCCUGCGGCAUGUGGCCGGCGCCCGCCGCGCUGUCACCCCCGAAUACGCGGCGGCCAACGUGGUGUCGGUGUGCUCGGGGCUGCUGAGCAUCGCGGCGGGCAUCGUCGCCAUCCUGGUGUCGCACAACCUGUCCCGGGCGGCCCUGCACUGGACCCUGCUGAGCGUAUCUCUGCUGAACUGCCUCCUGUCCACCGCGUGCAGUGUGGGGCUGGCGCUGGCCAUUGCCCUCACGGUGCACAGCCGGGGCACACACCUGGUCAGGGGCUGCAACAGCUCCGCGCUGCCCAUGGACGCCCGUUCAGCCAUUGCGACUAAUGACUGUCCCUUCAACACCACGCGCAUCUAUGACACAGCCCUGGCCCUCUGGUUCCCCUCCUUGCUGCUGGCAGCUGCAGAAGCUGUGCUGUCAGGCAGGUGCUGUUUGGUGGCUCUAGUCUUCCAGGGCAUCGGGCCCUGUGCACACAGCUAUGGCAAAGAGCAGCUGGCCAGGCCAAAUGCAGCAAUGGAGAAGCCGCCCCGUGAGAGGCAGCAGCUCCUGGCAGGACUUGCUCAGUCUCAUGCGUAGCUGGAGUGGUGAGCACACCACGUGGGCUGUGCUUGGGACGGGGAGAGCAGGCUCUGCCAUCAAGAGGGUCCAUGCCUACACUAGCCCCCCAAAACACCUCUUCCUAAGAACAUGGGCAGAGGAGUCAGCAUGAUGCUGGGCCCUGCAGCACAGCCUGGCACUGACACGUGCUCCUUCACUCCCAGGUGGUGCUGCAGGAGUGCUGUGAUCCAGCAAGGUGAUGUCACACCUUCUGCAGUGUUGGUGUGCAUAAGGUGGGCUGCAGGGGUGAGAGGUGUGCCUUCCCCCCUCCCCCCAGCUCCACCACCCCACCUGGGACGGACCCUGCAGGUCAGCAGGUGCUGUGGGCCCCAGAUGCUCUCCCAUCUUCUCCCCAAGCUGCCAGGCCCUUCCUGGUGUGCUGAAGGCUCUGUCGGUUUCUGUCAGCAGUGAUGGGGGUGGGCAGAGGUGCUGGGGCCCAAGUCCUGUUGUCAUUGCAGGCAUGUCAGCUGGCUGUGCCUGUGCUCAGACAUGUCAGGGAACAGAAGGGGAAGAAUCCCUGUGGUGUGGAUCUCUAGUUUUUUGAAUAAAUAAACUUUUCCUUUCCACA